GCAGUUUCGGGAACGUGCUCCGUUCUUCCGGAGGAACGUCGAUCUCUCUGCCUCCCCAACAAAAGCCCAGUUCCUCCCCCCUUCGAUCACCAGGAAACCAAGUUUACGAAUUCUGGCUACCCAUCAAACCGUUCUCGAGAAAUCGACGAAACCGCUGGCGUAACUCCUUUCGUUCGUUCUUCUUUGACAGUGCUUAGCUAGUUUCUGCAUUUUCUCGCGUCGAUUGGUCGUCUCUUCGUUCGUUUCUCCUCUUUGAAAAUCUCAAAUUCUCUGUGUCGUUCGAGAGGUCUUCCAUUUGCGCGUUGUUCUUUGGUUCAAGUGCGACCCAAGUUUUCUCGUUGCACUGAAGAGGAAUUGCUGCUCAAUUGGGAGGAAGAAGAGAAGAGGAGAGAAGUCACACGAUGAAUCCCGACAAGUUUACUCACAAGACCAACGAGGCUCUGGUGGGCGCGCAGCAGCUCGCCAUGGACGCCGGUCACGUACAGAUUACCCCGCUGCACCUCGCACAGUCGCUUAUCUCUGACCAGUCCGGCAUUUUCCGGCAGUCCAUCGCCAAUGCAGGCGGUGCGGAGGCUGCCAACUCCUUCGAGCGCGUUUUGAAUCAGGCCCUCAAGAAAAUCCCCUCACAGCACCCUGCGCCGGACGAGGUCCCGGCGAGCACCACCCUUAUCAAGGUUAUCCGGCGGGCUCAAUCGUCGCAAAAGUCACAUGGCGACACCCACUUGGCGGUCGAUCAGUUGAUCCUUGGCCUUCUUGAGGACUCCCAAAUUGGAGAUAUUCUCAAGGAGGCCGGCAUCAGCGUUGCACGCGUGAAGACGGAGGUGGAGAAACUGAGAGGAAAGGAAAGGAAGAAAGUGGAGAGUGCGUCUGGCGAUACCAAUUUCCAGGCGUUGAAGACAUAUGGACGGGACCUCGUCGAAGAGGCUGGGAAGCUCGACCCGGUAAUCGGCCGGGACGAGGAGAUUAGGAGGGUUGUGAGGAUCCUGUCGAGGAGGACGAAGAACAAUCCGGUGCUUAUCGGUGAGCCCGGCGUCGGAAAAACUGCCGUUGUUGAAGGGUUGGCUCAGAGGAUUGUGAGAGGCGAUGUGCCAAGCAAUUUGAGUGAUGUGCGGUUGGUAGCAUUGGACAUGGGAGCAUUGGUUGCAGGGGCCAAAUACAGAGGUGAAUUUGAGGAAAGGCUGAAGGCCGUCCUGAAAGAGGUGGAGGAGGCGAAUGGGAAGGUUAUUCUCUUCAUCGAUGAAAUCCAUCUUGUCCUCGGAGCAGGUCGAACUGAGGGAUCAAUGGAUGCUGCUAACUUAUUCAAGCCAAUGCUGGCUCGAGGCCAACUCCGCUGCAUUGGUGCCACUACACUUGAAGAGUACCGGAAGUAUGUGGAAAAGGAUGCUGCUUUUGAGCGAAGGUUUCAGCAGGUUUAUGUGGCUGAACCUAGUGUUGCGGACACAAUUAGCAUCCUCAGGGGACUGAAGGAGAGGUAUGAAGGACAUCAUGGUGUUCGGAUUCAGGACAGGGCUCUUGUUGUCGCUGCUCAGCUCUCAAGCAGAUAUAUAACUGGGCGUCAUCUUCCUGAUAAGGCCAUUGAUUUGGUUGACGAAGCCUGUGCUAAUGUCAGAGUUCAGUUGGACAGUCAGCCAGAGGAAAUUGAUAAUCUGGAAAGGAAAAGGAUUCAAUUGGAAAUUGAGUUACACGCAUUGGAGAAGGAGAAGGACAAAGCAAGCAAAGCUAGACUUGUGGAGGUGCACAAGGAAUUGGAUGAUCUGAGGGACAAAUUGCAGCCGCUUAUGAUGAAAUACCGCAAGGAGAAGGAGAGAGUAGAUGAGCUUAGGAGACUUAAACAGAAGCGUGAGGAACUGAUGUUUGCAUUGCAAGAGGCUGAGAGAAGGAUGGAUUUAGCACGAGCUGCUGACCUGCGCUAUGGUGGUCUUCAAGAGAUUGAUGCUUCCAUAGCCAAAUUAGAAGGCUCCACGGAUGAAAACCUCAUGUUGACUGAGACUGUUGGGCCAGAACACAUUGCAGAGGUGGUUAGCCGAUGGACUGGAAUUCCAGUGACCAGGCUGGGGCAGGAUGAAAGAAAAAGGCUUAUGGGUUUGGCUGAGAGGCUUCACAAAAGAGUUGUUGGUCAGGACCAGGCUGUCCAGGCUGUUGCUCAAGCUGUUUUGAGGUCUCGUGCGGGACUGGGCAGACCGCAGCAACCUACUGGCUCAUUUCUGUUCCUCGGUCCUACUGGAGUUGGCAAAACGGAGCUUGCAAAAGCUCUUGCAGAGCAACUCUUUGACGAUGAGAAUUUGUUGGUGAGGAUCGACAUGUCAGAAUAUAUGGAGCAGCAUUCAGUUGCUCGUCUCAUCGGUGCCCCACCUGGGUAUGUUGGCCAUGAGGAAGGAGGACAGCUUACUGAAGCUGUCAGGAGGAGACCGUAUAGUGUAAUCUUAUUUGAUGAGGUCGAGAAAGCGCAUGUAUCAGUGUUUAACACACUCCUUCAGGUUCUUGAUGAUGGUAGAUUGACAGAUGGGCAAGGAAGGACGGUGGACUUUACAAACACUGUGAUCAUUAUGACUUCAAAUCUUGGUGCUGAGCACCUUCUUUCAGGAUUGGUUGGUCAGACGUCUAUGCAGAGUGCAAGGGAGCUAGUUAUGCGAGAGGUUCGGAGGCACUUCAGGCCUGAAUUAUUAAAUCGGCUGGACGAAGUUGUCGUGUUUGAUCCUCUCUCACAUGACCAACUUCGGAAAGUGGCCAGGUUGCAGAUGAAAGAUGUGGCUGCACGGCUUGCAGAGAGAGGGGUUGCUAUAGCAGUUUCAGAUGCAGCUCUAGAUGUCGUGCUGGCACAAUCAUAUGAUCCGGUUUAUGGUGCUCGCCCAAUUAGAAGGUGGUUGGAGAAGAAUGUGGUGACAGAAUUGUCGAUGAUGCUCAUUAAGGAUGAGAUUGACGAAAACUCGACCGUUUACAUAGAUGCAGCAUCAGGAGCAAAAGGAUUGUCUUACAGAGUGGAAAAGAAUGGUGGUCUGGUUAAUGCUGACACUGGGCUCAAGUCGGAUAUACUGAUUGAGAUUCCAAACGGCCCUAAUAAGAGCGAAGCUGCACAGAUGGUGAAGAAGAUGAAGAUUUUGGAAGAAGAUGAUAUGGAAGAGUAGAGUUUGUGGGGCAUGUCGUGUGAUGAGCCUUAAAUCUUUUGAUUUUGGUUUGUCUCGUUAGAGACGGAUGUUGUUGAUAGAGGCCUCAGAGGAAGAGCCACCAAGAGUCUAUCGUCACUUUGUAUAUGCAUGUAUGUUACGCAUGGGCAUGGAUUGUCCUUGGACACUCUUGCCUAUACUAUUGUGCUUUUGUUAUGCUUAAAUUGUGAAUAUAAAGCAUUUCAUAGUUUUGAA